AAUAAACACAUGUUUCGUUCUGCUGAAAGCAAUGUGCAAUCGGGAAUUUGAGUUUUGAAUAAAGCGUUUGCAGUUGCGUCGUAUGAAAAGAAGAGAUACACAGUCAUACUACUCUGUUCUCAGCGAUGGCUAGACUGAUACAGGAAGGAGAUCAAGUCCUGCUGAAAAGAGAUGACAAUUCAGGGGUGUUUCAAGUGAAACGAAACAGACAACUUCACUUUGACAAAGCCAAAUUCACACUAGAUGGACUCAUUGGACAUCCAUUUGGUGCAACGUUCAAGGUGGAGAAAGGAGGAAUGAUCAGAAUUGAUGAUGCAGAAGAGGUUCUUAAUGAACUAAUGGACACAGAAUCAUCAGCAGCUGUCCGUGGUAAGGACAAUCGGGACUUGGUUGCUGCAGGGUCAAACCAGAAGCUGUCUCAAGAUGACAUCCUCAAGAUGAAAGAAGAUGGCAAGAAAGGGGAGGAAAUCAUUCAGGAGCUGAUAACAAACAGUGAGACGUUUGAAAACAAAACAGAGUACUCACAGAGGAAAUAUCUGCGGAAGAAAAUGAAAAAGCACAUCUUCAUCUUCACAGCCCUGAAGCCAACAGCCAGAUUGCUUAUUGAGAUGGUGUACACCAAAUCUCCAGAAAAAAUCAGCCAUCUCCGAAUAGACAGCUUGUCACAGAUCCUGCAGUGCGCCAACAUCAUGGCCGGCAUCAGCGUAGCUAUUGUUGACACACUACAAGGGCUGGUUUUGGGGUCAGUGAUGGAGAGAAUGGGAGGUAUAGGGAAGGUUGUCCAGUUCUACCCAGGAUCUGAUCUCAACAGGAAUGUGAUAAAUUUCUUCGACUUCCCAUCAGGAUUCAAGGACAAUUUAUACAAUUUUGCACUUAAGAACUUGUCUGAGUUAAAGUCAGGUAGUCAAGAAUCUGCUGAGUGCCUGGAUAUAAAGAUGGAUACUAAGGAAAAGGGGGAUAAUUCCGGAGAGAAGCAAUGUGACAGUAGUAAUAAAAGUGGACAAGAAAGUGCUGAGUGUCCAGAUAUGAAGAUGGAGACUAAAGAAAAGGGAGAUAACUCUGGAGAGGAGCAAUGUGACAGUAGUAAUAACAGUGGACAAGAAAGUGCUGAGUGUCCAGAUAUGAAGAUGGAGUCUAAUGAGCAGGGAGAUAACUCUGGAGAGAAAGUAUGUGAUAGUAAUAACAGUGCUACAUGUCAGGACAAGAGCCAUAUGAAGACAGAUGGCAGUCAGGUUGGGGAGAAGAGGAAGGGAGAUAACUCUGAGAAAGUGGACAAAAGAUUGGAAAAAGCCAGAAUACAAGAAUAUGUGAAAACUCUUAUUUUGCAGAAGGAUUUUGACUGUUUGAUUGUUGCCUGCAAGCACCACCCGACACCUAUAGUGCUGGCUCUUCUGGAAUAUGUUGCCCCUUCGAGACCAGUUGUGGUGUACUCGUCUUACAAAGAGGCUCUGAUGGACUGCUACAACUGUGUGAAGGAGCGAGGUGGUGUACUGAGUCUCAGACUGACUGAAACAUGGUACAGAGAAUAUCAGGUACUCCCAGCUCGGACUCACCCAACGAUGCAGAUGACAGGUACAGGUGGAUACCUUCUGACAUUCACCACGGUCAGCAGCUAGGACAGCACCAGGAAGAACCUGCAGCAUGAACCCAUCAUCAAAUAUAUCGCCUUUCAGCAGAAGACAUGCACUGGCCUUAUUGGCGCCUAGGUGUCAGAAACAUACCAGUAUGUGAAAUAUGUUCUGACAUUGCAAUUUACGGACUGGAAAAUUAAUUCAAGAUCAUAUUUUGAAAGUGAAAAUGGCACGACUCUUUCAACAUAAGACACCAUGCAAACUGUUGCUAGCUGUGGUCAAGCAGGCUAGUGUCAAGUUUUUGCGUGGAAUUGCCAGAAAGAUUAUCAUCACCACCAACUGAUAUCCAGGAGCCUAUAAUGGAACCUUCUGGAACCUACUGAUAUUUUAGUGAGGCUCCAGUCACAAUGUAAAGAGCCUUUCAUGCAACCUGACUUCAAUCAGGAUCUGGACCAUGGUGUACAUUCCAAGCUAUACACUUGUGGAUUUAUGGAAAGAAAUGUGGUUUUAUUAUCUUUGAUCAUGAAUGCAACAGAUUUUUGUCUCCAUUCUGACAUAAUUGUCUUGACAACCCAUCCUGGUUAAGGAGCAUCAUAUGAAUAAAUACUGAAGAUGUGAAACAAAUA